AGUUAAUCACAUUCAAAGAAAUAAUAUAAAUAAUAUAAUUCGUCGAUCCAUUAAUGGGCAAACCUGAGCCACAGACGAUUGAAGCAGACUAAACUUUACUCAAUCCUAAUGCAAGAGUCUUACAAUAAUAAAAGUAUACAACGGAAAAAUAAACAGUCUGAUCAUAAAAAAUAUAACGCAAGCAAACGGUAAAAAUAAAAAGAUGCUUUCAAACCCUAGAGUCUCCUGCGUUCCAUGACGGUGGUUCAGGUGGGGUACGAUCCAUCAGUACCAAAGCUUCUUCCUCAGUCCUCACGUUGCCUCUUAUUCAUCAGGAUCUCUACCGGGCCUCCUUUGUCGCCACCUAACACAGAUGACAUAGAAUCCAAAUCUGUUUCAACCAAACUCAUCCCUGCUGUGUGUGACCAAAAUAAACGAACGGGCUUCGACCUGGACUCGGUGGCCUCUGCGCUUCGACCUGGACUCGGUGGCCAAAGUCUCUGGCAUCGGAUUACUCUGGCUGUCGCCCGUCGCAACUCAACAACUCCGACCUGGAACCAAAACAACGACCCAAAGCAGCGAAAACAACAAGACACGUAAAGCCUUGAUCGAGAAUAAAAAGUCCCGCGAUGACAGAAGACUCAAAGCCCUGACAAGCUUUGAAACGAGACCCGCCAACCGGUGGGAAAAUCGGCCGAAAUCGCCGGAACCCACAGCCAAGGAAGGCCGCCGCCGGAAGGAGAACUAGGCUAAACCUAGAGAGAGAGAGUGUUUGACAUAAUUAGAUUGUGUUUGUAAGAAUGUUAGUGCUUAAUUAAGUUGUAAUUCAGUAAAGUAUGUACUACAAAUACAUGUUGGGACAGAUUAUUACGGAGUACGGAGUAUAAUUUACAAAAUACAGAAAGUGAAAUUAACAUAAAUAUGAACAAUUAUUUAGAUACAUUAUACUAGGGGAAUAUAUGGACACGGAGCGCCCUACGCUAUG